GCUGCCUGGCCAGGCUCUGGCUCCUCCCAGAUCCCACUGUGGGAAGUGUGAGUCACAGAGUGUUCAAGUCUGUGCAUUAUGUUCUGAGUCACCCGACAGGCGCCUGGCCCGGGAUCAGGAGGAUCAGGGCAGACUUUAAGUCUCCACAAAGCAAGAAUAGCAGCAGAAGCAGCCACAACAGCAGGUAUCUUCAAGGUGAAGCUGUGGGGAGACUCUUCAAACCUCUCAGAUCCCCGGGGCCUAGGACAGAUACUGGCACUGAAGAACCUGGACAGAAGCCAAGAAGGAGAAAGGCCAGGAUCUUACUAAAGUUAAAGAGUCCAGGAGUUAGCAGAGGACUCCAGUGACAGAGAGUCUAGACCCUUUCAAAUGGAUGACCUCAGUGAAGCCAAUGGGUCUUUUGCCAUCAGCCUAUUAAAAAUACUGGGUGAAGAAGACAAGUCACGAAACCUGUUCUUCUGCCCCAUGAGUGUCUCCUCAGCCCUGGCUAUGGUCUACCUUGGAGCCAAAGGAAACACUGCUACCCAGAUGUCCCAGGUACUUGGUUUGAGUGGAAAUGGAGAUGUUCAUCAAAGUUUCCAGACACUUCUCGCUGAAAUUAACAAAACUGAUACUCAGUACUUGUUAAAAAGUGCCUGCCGACUAUUUGGAGAAGAAUCGUGUGAUUUCCUUUCUACCUUCAAGGAAUCCUGUCACAAGUUCUAUCAGGCUGGACUAGAAGAGCUUUCCUUUGUUAAAGACACAGAAGGGUGCAGGAAACACAUCAAUGACUGGGUGUCGGAAAAAACUGAAGGUAAAAUUUCUGAAGUUCUGAGUCCUGGAACAGUCUGCCCACUGACUAAGCUGGUUCUUGUGAAUGCCAUGUAUUUCAAAGGAAAGUGGAAGGCUCAGUUUGACAGAAAGUACACGAGAGGCAUGCCCUUUAAAACUAAUCAGGAGAAAAAAACAGUGCAGAUGAUGUUCAAGCAUGCUAAAUUUAAGAUGGGGCAUGUGGAUGAGGUGAACAUGCAGGUUCUGGCUCUGCCCUAUGCUGAGGAAGAGCUAAGCAUGGUCAUUCUCCUUCCUGAUGAAAGCACUGAUCUCUCCUUGGUUGAAAAAGCACUUACAUAUGAGAAGUUUAGAGCCUGGACAAACCCAGAAACCCUGACAGAAAGUCAAGUGCAAGUCUUUUUCCCCAGAUUAAAGCUGGAGGAGAGUUACGACCUGGAAACUGUACUUCAGAAUUUGGGAAUGACAGAUGCCUUUGAGGAAACAAAGGCUGACUUCUCUGGGAUGACAACUAAGAAGAAUGUGCCCGUGUCCAAGGUUGCCCACAAGUGCUUUGUGGAGGUCAAUGAGGAAGGCACCGAAGCAGCUGCGACCACUGCAGUGAUUAGGAAUGCCCGGUGCUGUAGAAUAGAACCAAGGUUCUGUGCUGACCACCCAUUCCUUUUCUUCAUCUGGCACCACAAAACCAGUAGCAUCUUGUUCUGUGGCAGGUUCUCUUCUCCAUAAAGGUCUUCUGAGACUUA